UAACACACUACGAACCAGUUAAACAAGAUGGCGGGAAGAAAUUGACAUGGCAAGAUAAUCAGCUGUGAGUCAGCGUACAGACUUGUCAAGAGAGAGCAAAACCUAUCUUCCCCCCUAUUGAGGUUAUACCAUUGGCCAGUUUCAGUUGGGAGUUGGUGGUUGGUGGUUCUGAUUUUAGUAAGCCAGAAGCGUAAAUUAUGAGUAUGAAUACAUCAGAUGCUGCCCAUGCUCAAUUUCUUGCCUCCCUGCCACCACCUGACCCCAUUCUGGCCCAACUUCAAACCCUGUCUCAGCAGUACACACAGCCUGUCACCAGGGUGACUCCAGUGGUGCCAAUUCCGGACGAUGAGGUUGGGCAGAUGACAGAGGAUGGACUCCAUGAGGCUGUCAGUGAAGAAGUAUUCUCCAACUACCGUCAUCGGAAGAUAGUUGCAGCCAGCUUGCCGCAUCCUGGUGAUAUAGUAGAGGCUGGACCCCUAGCUGCAAUUCGUUUACCAAAAGAAUACUACCCUAUAACAGACUCUUACCCCAAAGAGGUUAUUGAAGGAGGUAGACUCAGCAGCCUGCAACUGGAAGGAAUUAUACAUGCUUGUCAGAGGCAUACUGUGAUAUUGGCCAACAAACAACGAGCAGGAUUCUUUAUUGGAGAUGGAGCAGGUGUUGGGAAAGGGCGCCAGAUUGCUGGUAUCAUCAUGGACAACUUUGUGCGCGGCAGAACGAAACACGUUUGGUUCACAAUAUCUACAGAUUUGAUUGUAGACUCCAGAAGAGAUCUGUCUGACAUUGGAUGUUACAUUAAGGUGAUUGACGGUUGUCAGGAGCUGGACAGAGAAACUAGAGUGUUGGGUCUCCCUUCAGACUUCAAGGAAGGUGUAAUAUUCAGCACUUAUGCUACUCUGGUUUCAUCUGUGCAAAGAGGAGGCGCAUUCAGUACCUCUCGUCAGUCUCGGCUGCAGCAGCUGAUAGACUGGUGUGGUGGCACAGACUUCCAGGGAUGUCUUAUUUUUGAUGAAUGUCACAAAGCAAAGAACUUCAUACCAAAUAAGGAGCAAGCUAGUACAAAGAUAGCUGUUGCAGUUACGUCUAUACAAAGGAUGUUGCCGAAGGCCAGAGUCGUGUAUUGCAGUGCCACUGGUGUGACAGAUGUGAAGAACAUGGCAUUUAUGGAGAGACUUGGACUGUGGGGAGAUGGCGCACCAUUCAAAACAUUUGAACAUUUCAUGGAAUCAGUUCAGAAGAAGGGUUUAGGGGUUGCUGAAAUGUUGGCUAUGGAAAUGAAGGCAUCAGGAAUGUACGUGUCACGAGGCCUCAGCUUCAAACAGGCAGAGUUUGUGACAGUCCAGUCAGAGUUAAGCAAGGAGCACAAGAAGAUGUAUGACGCAGCAGCACAUGUUUGGAAUGAACUACGCAAGGCUCUUGAAAGUGCAUUACUUCGCACAGGCAAUGUCAACAAGAGACUGUGGUCACAGUUCUGGUCUGCACAUCAGCGCUUCUUCAAACAGCUUUGUAUGGGUAUGAAGGUUCCAUGUAUUGUGAAGGAGGCAAAAGAAGCACUGGAGUCUGGUUGCUGUGUGGUGAUCGGUUUGCAGACCACAGGAGAGGCAUCACUAGACAGUGAACUUAACAAGAACAAAGGAAGAUUAAAAGGGUUCAUCUCUCUCUGUCGGGAAAUUAUUUCACGCUUCAUUGAACAAUACUUCCCAACCAAAAUAGAAAAUGCUGGUAACUCUGUGGAGGAUGAAUGGAGCAUGAAAGCCAAGUCAAUGUUGUUGGAAUUCUGCAGGAAAAUACCUCUCCCUGACAGCCCUUUGGAUGAGAUUAUUGACCGUCUCGGAGGCCCUGAUAAUGUGGCUGAGAUGACUGGACGCAAGGGUCGUGUUGUAAAACGGACAAAGAGAGACGUGCCACAGUAUGAACAAAGAGGCCAUGACUCGGAUUCUUUCCUCGAGAGUCUCAAUGUGAAAGAGAGAAAUAUGUUCAUGGAAGGCAAAAAGUUAGUGGCUAUAAUAUCUGACGCAGCCAGUACAGGUAUAUCACUGCAUGCUGACAUGAGAGCAGCCAAUCAGCGACGUCGAGUUCACCUGACCGUGGAGCUGCCGUGGAGUGCCGACAAGGCUGUUCAGCAGCUGGGACGCUCACAUCGCUCCAAUCAGUCCAGUGGUCCUUUGUACAAACUCCUAACUACCAAUCUUGGAGGAGAGAGGAGAUUCGCUGCUGCUGUUGCUCGCAGAUUACAAUCACUGGGUGCCCUAACAAAAGGGGACAGACGGGCAGCAACAGGAGCUGACUUGACAGAGUUUAAUUUUGACACACCUUAUGGACGAAGUGCGCUGAGAAGUAUGUACCACUGCAUCUGCCAGAAAAAACUUGUUCCAGGUGUUUCUUUAUCUAAGAUGACAAAUGGAGUGUAUGAUUUUGAUGAGUUGAACAUGCUGCUGCAGGAGAGUCUUGUGUUGAUGGGCCUGGUAGAGGUUGAUGUUCUGCGACUUGGGGCAACUGUCAAGGACAAGGAUGCAGGAGAUGUCAGCAAGUUCCUCAACAGAAUCCUUGGACUUAGUGUGGAGAAACAGAACUUGAUGUUCAACUACUUCACAGAAACACUGGGGGUCAUUGUCCAGAGUGCCAAGAAAGAAGGAAGGUACAAUGAGGGCAUGCUUGAUAUCACUGCUGCUUCUGUCAAUAUGGUUGAGGAUCCAAAGGAAGUCUUCAAAGAUUUUGCCAAAGGAGGAGGAUCAACAAAAUCUAUCCAGCUGGUUGUCGACCGAGGCAUGAGCUGGGAGGCGGCCCUGAUCCGUCUUAACAACUACAAAGGACGGCAAGAUGGCUUCUAUGUCUCCAAGCGAGAUAUCUGGGGUAGCAAGCACUACAUACUGGCCACUCAGAAGGAGAGUUCCACACAUCUCUUCAAGAUAGCAAGACCGAACACUGGCCUGUCUACAUUUGAUGAGGAGAAAACUGACCUGCUGCACAAGUAUGUUCCCAUACAGGCAGAGAAAGCAGAGGAAGGAUGGAAGAAACAUUACGACCAGAGUCGAGACCUGUGCAUCCAUGGCCGUACCUGCCGACAUCACCCGCACUGCACGGUUGGAAGUAGAACAUAUCCACUUCACCUUCUAUGUGGGAACAUUGUAACAUUAAUGUCAGUGUUGGAAACCACCAUCAACAAGUUUGCUCUAAAACUUGGGCUGAGUAAAUAUGACACACAGCUGCGUGUUGUACGUGUGGAAUUGGACAACGGAGAGAGACUGGUGGGAAUAAGGUACCCAGAAGUCCUUAUACAGGAAGUGCAGAGAUCACUGAAGGAACAACACAUCUUCAUGCAGCAAAGUCUACCAGCCAUGAACCUCUCUGCUUGUCAGACCCAGCCCACUACACACCAUGCUGUUGUGGCCAAAGAAGAUUCAGCAAAACAGUUCAAAGUCAUAAAGGAAGAUGUUACUCCAGUUGUGCCCAAAUGUUUUGCCAGGGCAAUUAACCCACCCAUAACCCUCAAAAACUUCUUCAAACCUGUUUCUAAGUUGAGUAAUGAGGAGUGUGUUGCUUCAGUGUCUUCACAGCACACUGGAGAGUUAGAAGAUGUCUCUACUGACAUCAUUGUCAAAGUCAAUGAAACCAAGGUCAGAAGGACAGAGGACAAAUUACAAGAAAAAGAUGCUGUUGGUUUUGAAAUUGAGGAAAAGAAUCUUGUCACUUAUCCAAAAAAAGUACAACCUUCUGACCUUAUUUCCAGAGCAAGAACCAAAAAGGAAGGCAGAACUCAGAAAAGGUUGUCAUGUGGAAGCAGUACACAGCCAGCUAAACGCUCAAAGCAGGUGUCACUCUUUUCAUCAUUUGCUAAACAGACCAGUUUGAGGGAUGACAAGAGAGAAAUGAAUUGUCCAGUUUGUGGCAGGGAUUUUCCAACUGGAACUUCAAAUGAGACCAUAAACCAUCAUGUAGAUAAUUGCCUUAUAAACUAAAUUAUUGUCUGUAAGGCUCAAGACAAGCCUUUUGACAAACAAUUUUACAGCAUUUACCAGCAAUCAAGCUAUUUUGCAAAUACCUUAUGUGCCAUCUUAAGCGCCCUGACCACUAAACUGUUUUUUCAGUAUGCAAUUCUCCACAACAUUAGGUUGUGCAAAGAAAUAAUUCUGACAACCAUUAUUCUACCACAAAUGAAACCAUAACUGGCUUUGCUGAUGGCCAAAAUUACAUGCUCACAUGUUCAUCAUGACUCUGUGGCUCUAUUAGCAGCCACAUCCUUACAUAAAAGUCAAACGUUUAAGUUGUUUUUGUUGGCUACAUGACGGUGGUAUGCAAAUAGUGGAGUCUGGACCAGAUAAUCCAGUGAUUGACAUAAUGAGCACAGAUCUAUGCAAUUGGGAUACAAUGACAUGCAUCAACCAAGUCAGCAAGUCUGACCAUCUGAUCCCGUUAGUCACUUCUUUCAAUAAGCAUGGGUUCUGUUGACAAAUAUUACAGAACACAGCAACAAGUUUAACAUAUCAUAUAUAUGCUGCGUACGAUAUGUGACUCUGUGGCUGAUUAUAGGGCAAAAAGAACAUUUUCAAUAUGGCUGGCAUGGUAGCCAUGUUAAAAGUUUAAUUUUAAUUAUGUGAGCAACUUUUUUAGUCACCAUGGCUGGGAUCAUUAAUGGAAAGUUGCUGCUUCAAAGGCCUUCAUAGUUUACGACAGAAAACUGACAGACCCACAAGUCAAUUUAAGGAUUGAAUUAUGAUAGGCCAAGUAACAACUAAGAUUCAUUUCAUGACAGUUUUUGGCAUUUAAAACGUGUUCAUAUGUAUUUAUGAAAAAACAUGUAAACUUUUGGGCUUUGUACAGGGCACUUCUAAAUAUUUCUUGCUGAUUGGUCUAGAAGUUGGUCAGAGGCACUUAAUAACCGAAUAUGGCAUUUGUGUUGGUUAAAUUGCAGGAUAUAUCAAUUUGACUUGUAACACUCAUGAUUUAUAUUUUAUCUUAACAAGGUGGAUGUAGAGAAGAAAGUUUAAUCUGAAAAUAAAUGUCAGAAGGUUU